AUCACCGGCAGAGAAGUCACCGGAAUAAACAGCAGUUGCCACUGCAGCGGCCAAUGACUUUAUGUAUUUUUGGCAAACCGUAUUGAAACGUUGUCGUUUAAGUGAUUAUAAUGAUGUACAGUAAUACAAAUGGCACCUCUAUUUGUGUUUGGGUUCAUUUCGAUGCUUGCUGUUGUAAAACUCGUCUGUUGAUCGAUUUCUCUGUGUUCGUCUUUCUACACACGUCCCUAAUAUCUUAACGGCUCUGGCGUUCGAAAGCAAGCUAGCUAGUUAGCUAGUAAGCUAAGUUACGUGACUUGUUUUAAAAUACACCCAAUUCCGUAUGUUUGUUUUCGUUAAGAACGGCUAUUUGACAAGUACUUCAACCUCAACGUUACCGAUGCACAAUUGAAAAAUUACAAGCUGUGUUUGCCGCUAAUGACCACCAGAUGGCGGUGUUUCUUUUCUUUUUUAGCUAGGCUACGGGCACCACUGGCAACGCACAGUGUAUGAUCCCUGUGCGUUUUGGGGAAACGAGCAUUUAACCUGUGUAGUAGUGAGAGCAAGUAGAGCUGUGGACUGGACUAGGACUGGCUCAGAGGCCCGUUUUUGAACCAUGUCAAAUACAUUCCCACGCUUUUAGCCGUCAACGCCAACGAUUCCUCCCGCAGGCGAUGGGCUGCUGGUGUGGUGCAGGUGAGCCAACGUGAGAGAACGAGGCUCCCCGAAAAAGGAACCGCUUCUUCGCGCAUGGGGGACCGUGUCACCCGAGACCUUAUCCGCAUUUGAACAGUUUUAAGGGGACGCAACCCGGAGCACACAGAGACGCGAGUCUGGAGACAGCAUGACCGAUACAGGAGAAGCCCAUUUACCUAAGGAGAACGGACACGUCGCGCCGCAGCCCACCGCGAACUUUCCCCAUCCCUCAGCGGGGGACAUACCCGAUGAUACCCCGGUGUCUUCGACCAGCGAGCUGACCCACACCUGGGUUCACGUGGCCAAGACGUUCGUUCUCAUUUUCCCCAUAUACGCACUGGGCUAUUUUGAGUUCAGCUUCAGCUGGCUGUUGAUUGGACUUGUUAUCUUUUUCUGGUGGCGGAGAAUCACCGGAGGGAAGCUCAGCCGACUGAGUCGAGCUCUCGCUUUCUUUGAGCAAGAGGAGAGAAGUGUCAACCGGAGUCUUACCACCUCUGAUUUACCACCAUGGGUCCACUUCCCAGAUAUCGAGCGAGUGGAGUGGCUGAACAAGACAGUGAAACAGAUGUGGCCGUACAUCUGCCAGUUUGUGGAGAAGCUGUUCCGCGAGACGAUCGAGCCGGCGGUGAAGCAGUCCAACGCCCACCUCAGCACCUUCUGCUUCAGCAAGAUCGACAUGGGAGUCAAACCCCUGAGGAUCAACGGGGUCAAGGUUUAUACAGAAAAUGUGGAUAAGCGACAGAUCAUCAUGGACCUGCAGAUCAGCUUUGUUGGCAACACCGAGAUUGACAUCGACAUCAAACGCUACUACUGCAAAGCCGGCAUCAAGAGCAUUCAGAUCCACGGCGUGUUGAGAGUGGUGAUGGAGCCGUUGCUGGGUGAUAUGCCUCUUGUUGGAGCUCUGUCGAUGUUCUUUCUCAAGAAGCCCAUUGUGGACAUUAACUGGACUGGCCUCACCAACAUACUUGACAUUCCUGGGCUCAAUGGCUUCUCUGACAAUCUGAUUCAAGACAUUAUCUACAACUAUCUGGUGUUACCCAAUCGCAUCACCAUCCCACUGGUCGGGGAUGUGGAACUGGCCAAGCUACGCUUCCCCAUGCCAAAGGGAGUCCUGAGGAUUCACUUCUUGGAGGCUCAGGAUCUGGAAGGGAAGGAUACAUUUCUGGGAGGGCUGAUCAAGGGCAAGUCUGACCCGUACGGCAUCCUGCAGAUCGGCAACCAGCUGUUCCAGAGCAAGGCGGUGAAGGAGACCCUGCAUCCCAAAUGGAACGAAGUUUAUGAGGCUCUGGUGUACGAGCACUCGGGUCAGCACCUUGAGAUUGAGCUGUUUGACGAAGAUCCAGACAAAGACGAUUUCCUGGGAAGCCUGAUGAUCGAUAUGACUGAGCUGCACAAAGAACAGAAGGUUGAUGAGUGGUUUGACCUGGAGGAAACUCCUACUGGAAAACUCCACUUAAAACUGGAGUGGCUGUCUCUGCUCUCCACUCCUGAGAAGUUGGACCAGGUGCUGCGGAGUGUGCGUGCAGACAGGAGCCUGGCCAAUGACGGGCUAUCGUCAGCACUGCUCGUGGUCCAUCUGGACUCAGCAAAGAACCUACCUAGCAACCUGUCAGAUUUCACCUAUGACGGGUUGAAGCAAGUCUCAGUCUUUAAGGCCCUGAAGUCUGCAAAGAAGAGUAGCAGCGAGCCCUGUCCGUAUGUCCAGCUGACUGUUGGACACAAAACACUUGAGAGCAAGAUCCGGUACAAGACCAAGGAGCCUCUGUGGGAUGAUUGUUUCUCAUUCUUCGUUCACAAUCCCAGGAGGCAGGAGCUCGAGCUGGAGGUGAAAGACGACAAGCACAAAUGCACCCUGGGUAGUUUGUCGGUGCCUUUAAGCGGCCUGUUGGCGGAGGAGGAAAUGACGCUGACUCAGUGCUUUACUCUCAAGAACUCCGGGCCCAGCUCGACCAUCAAACUCAAGAUGGCCCUGAGGAUCCUGUCCCUGGAGAAGCAGGUGUCCUCAGACCAGCCGUCCUCCGUCCAGGUCCGGAAGUCCAGUGUCCCGCAGCCGACCGCGGCGCCCACCCAGAGACGAUCGGCCUCGGAUUCCCCGCUGCCUCCACCCACGCCUCCGCCGCGGAUAAGCGCCUCCACCCUCACCCUCCAACACAGGGACGGCGAGCCGUACUCGGCCAGCCCUCUCCGCAGCGUCUCCAACCUGAGCAGCUGCAUGUCCAGCUCCCAGAAGCACCUGCCUCACAAGGAAUCCACGCCCAGUCUGGCCUCGGAUAUCUCCCUGCCCUUCGCCACCUCGGAGCUUCAGCAAAGGCUCCGUCAGCUGCAGAAUGGCUCGGCCCCCAGCCAGUACCCCCUGGGCGAGGUCCAACUGACUGUCCGCCACAGCUCCCAGAGGAACAAACUCAUCGUGGUGGCGCACGCCUGCCGUAACUUGAUAGCCUUCACCAAAGACGGCUCGGAUCCCUUCAUCCGCCUCUAUUUGCUGCCUGACAAGAGCCGGACGGGGAGGAGGAAGACCAGCACAAUGAAGAGGACCCUUAACCCAGUUUAUGAUCAGACGUUUGAGUUUAGUGUAUCCAUGGUGGAGCUCCACAGGAGGACUCUGGAUGUAGCCGUGAAGAACGGAGGGAGCAUCCUGUCCAAACACAAAGGGCUUCUGGGAAAGGUGCUGGUAGAUUUAAGUGGGGACGAUAUAUCCAAAGGAUGUACACAAUGGUAUGACCUGAGCGAAGACGGCGUGUCGUCUCAAAGCAUAAGAAGUAUUCAAGACUCCCUCUUCACAUAGUGAACCCACGUCUCUGCUGUAAUAUAGUUUUCUUGUUAAUAAAAGGGCACAUCAUUUUGUUGUAUUCAUGUACAUUUUCCAUAUAUUUCAGAGGACUGAUUUCAGCAUGCAAGACAUCUUUCAAACAUUUCCUCUCAUUGUUUCAUAAAUGGAAGAUAUUGUAACAUAGUGCAAUGUGUUGAAACACACUAAUCGCCUUGUCUCUGUUUCCAGUGUUUUAUGUAAAUACCAAGUCGAUAAUAUUUAAAGAAUUUGCAGGGGUUUUUGUGGCCAUAUAUUUCUUUUGGGGGAACGUUUUUGCCGUCCGUUCCUUUUGUUCAAAUGUGCCAAAUUCUGUUUUGUCAUUGGAGAAAAACUCUUACCAAAGCAACAGAUACAAUCACUAAAGUAGGCUUAAGUAGCAGUCUUGACUUUGAUAUAUUUUUUUGUCAUGCAGUGAAAUUUGAUCGUUUACCUCUUAUUGUUCUUUAUGCUUGAUUACGAACAUGGAAUGCAAAGAUUGAAAUGAUAACUCUGUAAUUUUUAAGAUGAUUUUGUGCAAUAUUUGGAUGUUACUGAAGACCUGGGGGCAUUUUAGGGCUAUGAACAAGUGCUGUAUACUAUGAAGGAUGCUUGAAUAAGGUUUUGAUUGAUGUUCAAACCACACGUGAGUCGAACAAAGUGAAUACAAGGAGUAGAGACAACAGUUAUUGUAUUUUACGAGCAGGGCUGCCAGACGUUGUUCUUAUGAUGACACAGCUGUAAUGUGGUCAGGCUUAUAUGUUUUGUCAUGCAGUCAUAACUGUUGGAGAUUUUAAAUACCUUUCUUGUUAUCUAUCCUGUGCCUUAAAAAAAACCCUGCUCUGUAAUUUUUGCCUUCUUAAUGUUAUUAUUUUGAAUGAUAUGAUGCCUCAUGGGUUUUGAGGAAUAAAUGUUUUCUCUUG